AUGGCGGCUGAAAAGACUCCCAGUAUCAAUCAUGUCGAAGACGAGAUUAUCUCCGACUCGAAAGAUUGGAGUCAUGUUCAAGGUCAACAGGGCGCUGACAUUGAUCGCAACAUGUCACUCUGGGAAGCCUGCAAGGCCUACCCAGGCGCCAUAACCUGGUCAUUCCUCCUGUCAUCCUCUAUUAUCAUGGAAGGUUAUGACAUCGUCCUCAUCGGCAACCUUAUGGCUCAGCCUGCCUUUCAGAAGAAGUACGGCGACUGGUACGGAGAUAAACUCGGUUAUCAGAUCUCUGGACCUUGGCAGUCUGGUCUUGGCAACGCCACGGCUAUUGGAACUAUCAUAGGCGCUUUCGCCAACGGCUGGCUUACACAGCGGUUCGGAUACAGACGCACUUUGGUUGCAUCACUUGUAGCCAUUACCGGAUUCAUCUUCAUCACUUUCUUCGCCCACAACCUGCCCAUGCUGCUCGUUGGUUCUACCCUCUGCGGUCUGCCGUGGGGUGUCUUUGCAACUAUGGCCCCAGCUUACGCAUCCGAGAUAUGUCCCAUGGCGCUUCGCGGAUAUCUUGCAAACUACGUCUGUCUCUGCUGGGCUCUUGGUCAACUCCUCGCCGCUGGUGUGCUGUUUAGUUUCUCUGACAAUACUACUGAGUGGGCCUACCGUCUUCCCUUCGGUAUCCAAUGGGUCUGGCCCAUCCCCCUUCUCAUCAUCCUGUGGUUUACGCCCGAGUCGCCAUACUGGCUUGCUCGAAAGAACCGACUUGAUGACGCGAAGAACGUCCUUCGACGAAUUUCUGCCAAGGGUCAAAAGACCGACGAGGAUCUCGAUAAGCAACUUGCUAUGAUCGUUCACACUAACAAGAUCGAGAGUGAACACACCAGUGGAUCUAGCUACCUUGACUGCUUCAAGGGCAUCAACCUUCGCCGCACUGAGAUUGUCAGUCUUGUCUUUGUAGCGCAGAAUACUACCGGCGUCGGUAUCGGUGGCACACCAACCUACUUCUUCGUCCAAGCCGGCGUCGAUCCCAAGAACUCCUUUAAAUUUGCGACUGGUGCUCUCGGUCUCGCAUCUGUCGGUGUCAUUAUCUCUUGGGCUCUCAUCUACCGCAUUGGUCGCCGAACCUUAUACGUCUGGUCAUGUGGUAUCUGCUGUCUCCUCAUGCUUCUCAUCGGUAUCCUGGCUAGUGUUCCCCAGUCUCAGGCUGUGAGCUUCGGCCAAGCUGGGGUUGUUCUGAUCUGGGAAAUUGUUUUUUAUGCGACUAUCGGGCCUGUUUGCUACGCUAUCAUCGGCGAGAUCCCAGCUGUGAAUGUUCGCAGCAAGAGUAUCUGUUUGGCUCGUAUUGCCUACUACAUCUCUCAGAUUCUAAACAACACUUAUGGCCCCUACAUGAUUAAUCCUACUGAGGGUGAUUGGAAGGGAAAAGUCGGGUAUUUUUGGGCUGGACUUUCACUCUUGACUUUUAUCUGGGCUUACUUCCGUCUUCCGGAAACCAAGGGCAGAACCUUUGAGGAGAUUGAUAUCCUUUUCGCCAACAAGACAUCUGCUAGAAAGUUUGCACAGAUCAAGGUUGAUGCCUAUGCUGAGGACUCUGAGAAUCGCAUUGUCAAAGAAACCAGUGUCUGA